CAGAAAAGUGAGUCUCCGAAGGAGCAAGGGGGACGGAGAGUGGCCGAGCAAGAUGGAGCGAGAAAUGUUGGAGUGAUUAGAGCUAGAAGAAGUGCCGAGUUAUAGCGAGCUGUAGCGACGACCACGGGCGAGUGCGGGCGAUUCUCGACGACUCUCGAAGCGGCCUCGCUAUUCUAGCGUCGAGGAAGAGGAAGCCGAGCGGAGCGUGGCCAAUUGGUCGGCCAGUUGGUCGGACGAUUCGGUGUGAGUCGAUGCGACUCGGUGCGACUCGGAGCGAUUCGGGAGCGAUCGGCAGGGUCAGGUUCGGUCUCGGCGUGGGUUCGGUCGAGUUGGCUCUAGGACAAGGCGGUCAUCGCCGCGGCUUGGAAAUCGCGAGGUGGUGGCGGGCCCUCCCGGUGGUAAGCGUCCCCUGCAUCUCGUGCCCUCGUCAUGCUGUCAACUUGGACGGCGAAAACGGCCGACGGGGCAUGCAUUCGUUGACAUGGAGUCUGCCGAGGGUCCUCUGGUCUACGGGCCGCUUUUACUUGGAAGGCUUCCUGGAGACCCUAGGGACGGACGGUCGCCGCCACUGAGCGAUGGCCCACAUUUAGCACAGGUACCGACCUAGCUUCGCUCCCAGUGCCUCCGUCACCGUUCUCCGGAUUCCGACGGCAAAAACCACGUUUCCUCCCCUUCGCUCGUCCUCACGGACGGCUUCCUGGAGACGGAUUCACUUAGCUACCUCGACUCUUCGAGACCCGACCGCACCAUGGCGUCGACCUCUCGUGCCUCGGCUCAGGUUCUUAUAAAUAAGGGCAAGCGUGGCGCUGCGGCUUACAUCCAUGCCGACUGCAGCAACUCUGCUCUCGGCAAUGGGUGUCCGCAACACCUCAACGAACUCCUCGACAUACUGCUGAAUCCCAGCAAACCCAUCGACGAUUGGGAAACCAUCGACUGGUGCAAGUGGCUCAUGGCCGGUGGACGGACGCCCGACGAAUUUGCUAAUACCGUGAGAAUAUACGACAAUGCUACAACUUGUGGUCUCGUGUGGACUCCAAACUUUGUGGCAUAUCGAUGCCGCACCUGUGGCAUCUCUCCGUGCAUGUCACUUUGUACAGAAUGUUUCAAAAAAGGCAAUCACCAUCGACAUGACUUCAAUAUGUUCCUGAGUCAAGCAGGAGGGGCUUGCGAUUGUGGAGAUACAUCCGUCAUGAAGGAGGCAGGGUUUUGCGACAGGCAUGGACCAAAAGCAGCCGUCAAUAAGUCCCCAGCUCCAUCUGACUUGAUGUGCGUGGCCGAAGCAAUGAUGCCUAGAAUCAUUCUUCGUCUUAUUCAACAUCUGCGUGAAAACUGCAAAGUCGGAGCGCCGGAUUAUAGAGUAGCUAUACAAGAUGCUGACCCCUACAUGACAAUGUUGCUUGAUUUGAAUAAAAUGGGAGCAUUAAUGAGGCACGUGAUGACGUCGGCCCUUACGAACCCACAAAAGUAUCGGACAUUGAUGGACCCUGCAACAUUAACGGGUCAUUCUGAGUACGAUAGCUAUUGCCAGGAUAGCAAUAAAAUAUACCAGGAUGCCAUUAAGUCUUUACCAAAUCCUGAACCUCCUGAUGAAUACAAAGACUGUGCCUCGUUACAAGAACAUUUGGAACAUACCACGUUUCUCGAGGAGUUGGUGUUUUGGACCGUCGCUUAUGAGUUUCCUCAGAAACUAGUUUGCCUCCUGUUAAAUAUGCUACCAGAUCCGGAUUAUAAAGAGGCUCUUACUCGUGCAUUUGUCUUGCACUAUAGCAGAAUUUCCAUCAUGUUGGAGCGAUCAACGGAUCCGGAUACACUGAGCAAUAGAGUGGUUCACGUUAGUGUACAGUUAUUUAGUAACGAAGGUCUGGCUCUGCGCAUGUUGGAUCAGUUGAAGCUGUUGCACGUGAUGGUGAUUAGUCUGAAGUACAUGAUGAGCAAGAUUCUUAUCCAAAACACUUUACAUGAUCCCAAUAAGAAUUUUCAUUACGUCGUGGAUUGCGGCCGACAAGUUAUGAAAGAACAUUGUUACUGGCCUCUAGUGUCGGACUUAAACAAUGUACUUUCACACAAGCCCGUAGCUGUACGGUUCAUGAGUGACGAUACUCUUCUGGAGAUGUGGUUCGAUUUUCUAUCGAUGUUCCAAGGAAUGAACGUAAAUCAGAGGGAGUUGAAUCAGCAUAUCGAGUUCGAGCCGAAUACUUACUAUGCCGCAUUCAGUGCUGAAUUGGAAGCAAGUGCUUAUCCGAUGUGGGCUUUGGUUUCACACCUUCGAGGGCCGGAGAGUGUAGCUCUCAGUCGCAGAGUUCUCACCUUUUGUCUGAUCGCUCUGCAAGAUUGGUUGGACGCUGUCCACUACACCGAUCCCAACGUGAGUGAUAGUUUUCAAGUUUCCUUUCACCUUCCACUGCAUCGGUACUUCGCUGUCUUCAUGUGUCAAGCUGUGCGACAGCAAGGAGCUACGCCGAACGACCUCCUGCCACCUGUUGACAUGCUUCACCUCCUCAUGAUGCAUCCUCUACGGGUUCAGGUUGCUUUCUAUGAAAUCCUGAAUGGACUGUGGGUGCGUAACGGACUCCAAAUUAAGGGUCAAGCCAUGACUUACAUCCAGUGCAACUUUUGCAACUCCAUGGUGGACGCGGACCUGUAUCUUCUACAAGUCUGUGCAACAAAGUUACAGCCCGAUGUCUUCCUUAAGACCGUUAUUAAAAAGUUCCACGUUCUCGAAUGGAUGAGUCUCGGUCCGUACCAUGCACUCCAGUACUUGGAAAGGGUUCAGGACACACCGAUGCUCGAAAGCUGUCUCACAUUCCUAGCCACGCUGGUCAAUGUGAGGACGAAUCUAGGUCUAUCGGACCUGGAGAUGUCUUGCUUGGAGAUGGUUACGCUGCUGUGCAUGGGAGACAAGACUCACAGUCAACUUAUGGAACUGAUGCCUGAACGUUGCGGUACAACGCAAAACAGGGACUUCGAGUCUGUCUUGGCUGAGGUGGCUCAGUAUAGAGCACCGAACUUGGAGGCCAGUGGGAACAUGCAGCAGGGAAUGUAUGGACCGAAGCCUCGAGUUUGGGAUGAAUUGUUCGAUCCAUUGCACGUCUUAUUAAGGGCUGUGCAUCGCAGAGACUUUCAGACAUCGAUGGAUCGGUUUACAGAAUAUGUAAAACAAUCCGGCAAACUGAAGAACAGCGCGACUCCAUGGCCACCUUUUAGACAUCCUGCGCCGGUUUCGUCGGAGUACGAUGAUCCCCGACUGGUGUUGCGCUCCCGCGUCUUUCAUACAAUGUCUUUCAUUAUACUCUACAAGGCUGUACACGGUCAUAACGUCUCGGAGCACGUAAUGGCCCUAAUUAUUUAUCUGUUGGAAAUGGCAGUGAUGACGGCAGACACCUCGGAGAAAUCCAAUAAUCUUUGUCGCUUCACCGGCACGUCCUGGCGCGCCGUCAAGGAUAUGGACCUGACCGGGUGGUACAGCAGCGAUGAUCUGUCGGCGAACCUUAGAAAAGUGAUCCCUGCUGUUCUCCUCGUCCAAGAGUCCGAUCCGAUCAGCUCGGACAGUGAACUCGAGUGGGAAAUCCAUGGGGAGACCAGCAACGAGUCGACCUCGCUGAUGCUCGAUAAUGCUGGAGUCCUGGCUUUGCCGCUCGAAGAGCCCGAUGACGACGCCACGGCUGUUUCAAUCGCCAUGGACACGGGUAUUCUGCCUGUACAGUCGAUAGCCGAUGCCGUCUAUGUCGCAGACGUCAGGCCCGAGGAUGGAAUUGUUGCGAUCCCUCGAGUCGAUAGCGAAGACGACUUAGUACCGUCGCUACAAAGAGCCCUGCCACUGUACACGGAUGACCCCCUUAUCUUUGGCAUUGUGGAAUCGGAUCCCCUACCAAACAACGUGGGCGGCGGUCAACCGGCUCUGUACCCGAACGUGCAACGACCGGCCUUGCUGGAAGGCAACGAAGUGGUAAGAAGUCGACCGACUUACCCGCAAUUGAACUCGGUACGCGUAGCCACGACCAGGGUCGUACCCUCCACGUCCAAGGCCCAGAAGCAUCAUAAGCAAAGACAGUCCGGUUCGACGCGUCGGCAGACCAUGGAACUGGACGAGAGCAUAAUAUCCCUGCUCCUGAAGCUGCACUCCCAACUGUCCGGGACACCCGACAGUUACAAUCCGGAGCCACCGAGCACGUCGAGCGAAGCUGGGAGCAGCACGUCGACGACCUCCGAGAGCGAGUCCCGGAUCGGCGACGGGGUCUUCUUCAUCUCCCAACUGUUGCGCAAGAUCGACAACCUGGACCCCGCGUGCCACGCCAGCAUCAUCCAGACCAGGAACAGGAUAUGGCCGAGGAUGCAGGAGUCGGAGCACAUGCAACGCGAGAGGGAGGACCGGGAGAAAGAGGAGAGGCGGAGGCGAGCUAAGGAGAGACAGCAGAAACUUAUGGCCGAGUUUGCCAACAAGCAGAAGCAGUUCAUGGAGAAAGCCAUGGAGACGGACGAGGCUGGCGUGUCCGACAUGGAGUGGGACCAGGAGAGCAAACCGACCAAGAUGGCCAGCAAGAAAGAGUACGACUGCGUUAUCUGCAACCAAACCACGCCAAGUACCGAGGACAAACCCAUGGGAUUGGUCGUCCUCGUUCAGGCCACCAGUGUCAUAGGUCACGAGAGGCAGCAGUCGGAACGAUUGGUGUUACCCACGUCCGACGACGAUCGACCCAUCCCCAGGGGAGACACUCGAAGCGCGCAUUUCGACGACAAAAUGGAUGAGUUGUACCGGCACUUCGAUGUAUUCCAGAUGUCGGCGUUGGUCUCCGUCAACCUGGGAUGGGAGUGUGGAAUGCACGUGCAGACCUGCGGCCAUCAUCUGCACCUGGACUGCCUGAAGUCCUAUCUCCAAUCUCUUCGCAGCCAGCAAAGACAGCAGAGCUUCGCCGUGGACAGAGGGGAAUACCUUUGUCCUCUGUGUCGCCAGUUGGCCAAUUCCGUUCUUCCGUUGGCACUUCAGCUAGGGGAAUGCGAGGCGGUGGUGAGAUCCCGACACGCGUCGCCCACCACCAUACUCACGGAGCUUAAUAACUUCCUCAAAGACAUACAACGGAAUCCGAUUUCAACGAACCUGGCCCUGGCCAUGGGGAAGGCGAUGGAGGACAUGACGGACUGCACUUAUCCGAAAGAUAAGCAGAAGAACUUCCUACCUUGUCACCAAAGCUUGUUUCUCUUCGUCACUUCCGUGGCACGUAUCAACUUGGAAGUCGAGGUGGUCCAACGUGGCGGAUCUCUUUGCACUCCUUCCUCCACGACGAUACCGCUCACCCCGAAACGAGACUGCAUCGUGGCUCUCCUGCACAUGUUGGCGAUGCACGCCAGGAUACUGACGACGUGGCCCGUGGAGCAGACCUGGCAGCAACUUUCGGGACUGUCGAUCGAGUCUGCCACGCCAUUGGCGUUGACACCUCACAAGAAGGAAGUUCCUUUACUUCUCAGGGAUCCAACGGCGCUUCUUAUACAGUUUAUUCUUUUACUGCCUUUGCAUCUCGAUCAGACGUACUUCUCCAGCGUCGUUAAGGUCGUAUACAAUUUGCUGUACUAUCAAGUCAUAGUCCAAGUGAGUUACAGUCUCUCCGAGGCCGAGAGAAACACGAUUCUGAGGCGUCGGAAGAACUGCGAUCCUGCUCAGACCUCCUCCGAGGCGAUCCUGCACACCGUAAUCGGUUACAUGAAUCAGAGCGAGCUCUACCACAACGACGACGUGGUGUACAGGCCGUCGACCUCGUCGACGGUUCAUUACGCCAGGUUCAAGACGCAGACGAUCGAGCAAGAGAUCCAAGACUUGUGCUUGCCCUUCCUACGUGUCGCGGCGCUGUUAAGAUAUCAUUUAUACGAGCAACCGAUACCGCAAGUGCGAACACCGCAAUCCGAGUUCGUCCGACUGGUGUAUUAUUUGGAGCUGGUCACAGAGGGAAUGGACUGGGACAGCUUCAACGCUGCCGUGGCCCUAAAUUGGCAGGACAGCAAGGCGAGCACCUCGGUACCACGACUCUGGUGCGACCAGUUCAUCUCCUUCGUCAAUCGGAACGAGAUCGCGGCGAGGAGCUUGAUCGUCGACCAGCACAUAUCGUGGCAGAUGCCGAAGCUGCUCAGUCUACCCAGGGAAUACGAGAAGCUCUUCACGUACUACCAUGAACGACAGUGCCGGCAGUGCCACUCUGUACCUCAGGAGAUUAGUAUAUGUUUGCUGUGCGGCACUAUAGUUUGCCUUAAGCAAACUUGCUGCAAGCAAGUCAACGUUUGCGAGGCGGUUCAGCAUUCGAUUGAUUGCGGCGCUGGUACCGGUAUCUACUUGGUUGUUACGUCAACUUACAUUAUCGUGAUUCGAGGCAAGAGAGCGUGUCUAUGGGGCUCCUUAUAUUUGGACGACUUCGAGGAAGAGGACAGGGACUUGAAACGGGGCAAGCCUUUGUAUCUAAGUCAAGACAGGUACCAACUUUUGGAACAGCAAUGGCUGGCCCACAGGUUCGAUCACACGAAGAAGACCUGGGUUUGGCAUCGCGACGCGCUGUGACCCCUGACCACCCUGAGCUUGCUUUCCGAGAUGCACCGAAGAUUCCUUAGAUCGUUUGUCCAUCUAUGAUUCGACGCCUCGCCAACGUUAACAACGCUUUAAGGUUUAAUGAAUUCUUUUUCUCCGAGACAUAGUACGUAGGUAAUUGUAUUUAUUAUGAUGCAAUGGAUAUAAACUAGGUUAUAGUAAUUAUUGAAAGUAUUAAUAUCGCGAUACAUGAGUUGAGCUAAAUUCGGUUUGUACUAAUAGCGUACGGGCGGCUGUAUCGAAGGAAUCUUAUGUUUUCUAAUUGUACAUUUUAUUUAAGGUACAUCACACAUUACGUCCCAAUAAACGAGAGAUGCAGUUGUGA